GUUCGCAAAAACGCGGAAAAAGGCGGAGUUCCAGGUUGGGAGUUGGUUGAAUACGGAAGCCGAGUCGAGCUGAGCGCAACCUAAAGCAACACCCAAACCGGAAUCUACGCCAAAAUCGAGACACGGGUGAUCUGCACACCUUCUAGCUGGAGACUGAGAGGAAGUUGUGCUUCCGUCAUUCGCAUUUCGCCUGCUAUCAGCUAGUCUGUUAGCUACUGUCGUUUGACGACUCGUCCAGAACAAGAACAUGAGUGGAGUAAGCAGCAUUGAGGCAGUGAAGAAGAAGAUCAAAGUUCUUCAGGGGCAAGCGGAAGAAGCUGAAGAACGAUCAGAGGUGCUGCAAAGACAACUGGAGGAGGAGAAGAGGGCUCGCGAUGAGGCAGAGGCGGAAGUGGCAUCGCUCAGUCGGCGUCUUCAGAUGACAGAGGACAACCUGGACCAGACACAUGAGCAGCUCACUUCUGCCAUUGAAAAGCUGGACAAGCUGGAGAAGGUGGCCGACGAGAGUGAGAGAGGGAUUCGUGUAAUUGAGACUCGAGCCAUGAAGGAUGAGGAGAAGAUGGAACGUUUGGCCGUUGAACUCAAGCAAGCUCAAAUUAUUGCUGAGGAGGCUGACCGCAAAUAUGAGGAAGUGGCUCGCAAACUGGUGAUGGGGGAGCAGGAGCUGGAGCGUGCCGAAGCCCGAGCUGAGCUAGCUGAGAGCAAAACUCGCGCCUUGGAGGAGGAGCUGAAGAGUCUGGUAGCCAGUUCCAAGAGUUUUGAGUCUCAGGCCGAGAAGUUCUCUAUGCAGGAGGAGCGCAGCGAGCUGGAGAUCAGCAGCCUCAGGAGUAAACUGAUGGAGGCGGAUAACAGGGCCGAUUCUGCCGAGCGCAUGGUGGCCAAGCUGGAGAGAACAGUGGACGAUCUGGAAGAAUCGCUGGCGGUGGCAAAGACGGCCAACCUAGAGCUGCACGCCACGCUCAACCAGACCAUGGAGGAGCUCAAUGCCUGCUGAACGUUCCUCAUCCUUUCACCUUCGUCAGUGGGAUCAAUAACCGAACACGCGCUUUAUUUCUUGCUCGCUUUGUGGACAUGUGCUUGGAAGGGAGCAGCCAAUCAGGCUUUUCUGCCAACUCUAUGGGGCCAAUUAUAGGUCAGUCACACCACUGCGUUCCGCAGCGGCUGUCGCUCAUUUAGACUGUGAUGUCAAUGUGUGACAUCAUCACAGCAUAAA